AAAGAUCGGACUCACUGGCAUGUAGCUUAUGGAGACGAUGCCCAUCCCUCGGUAUGUUUUUUGCGAACCGUGUUGUGUUCUAUGAAUUUUGAGGAGCCAUAAGCUGACAAAUGGAGGAUCUCAGCGUUUAAUAAACUCACUGGAGCGCGAAUCUGAGCCGCCAAUGAAGCUAAAACACGAAGAUACGGAAGUAAAUGUGGAGGGGCUGCCGCAGGAAGGCAGGGUGAACAUCGGUGCUACCUUCCCCAGGUGGAAAGCACUGAAGAGGGACAAAUGUUUCCAGACUGACGCUGAACUUGCGUGUUUUCUGCUGGACAGCUAUGAGAGAAGUGCCACACCAUCGUCUGCUAUGAAUGGAAAAUUUUCAGAUCUUCAGCAGCUGUUGCCAGUUAAAGAAGAGGUUCGCUGGAGUCCCAGUCUGGACCAGCAGGACACAGACCUUCAUCACAAAAAUGAGGUACGUGAGGGAGAACAGUUUGAUGGCCUGGUUGAAGCUGAUAUCACCAGGUUUCCAAUUAGUCCUGUGAAGAGUGAAGAUGAUGAUGAGAAACCUGACUCCUUGCAGCUUCAUCAAAGGCCUCUGACCAGCUGCUCAGAUAAACAAAUGAAAGCAGAAACUGAUGGAGAGGACUGUGGAGGACCAGGAUCAGCCACUGACCCAAACCCACAACAGAGUCCUGAUUCUCUUGAGAUGGAAGUCAGCUUUGGUGAUAAAUUGCAUAAACCUGAAAUUGAAGACAGUUAUGAUGGUAGAAAGAAGAGCAGGACACUUGAGUCAGGCAAAAAUGAAGAUCUGGAAUUUAACAGUGCCAACACAUCCUUCAACUGCUCUGACUGUGGUAAACAUUUCCUUUAUAGGCAAACUCUUCAGAGACAUGUGACAAGUCAUUUGGGAAAAAGGACAAAUAAAAAAUGUUUUAAAAUGAAGCAAAAUCCACAUUCACAGAUGGCGGGCCACAAAGAAGAGAGACUGUUUGAUUGUGAUGUCUGUGGACAUAAAUUUAAGAGAGAAGCAAAUCUUACAACACACAUUAGAGUUCACACAGGCGAGAAACCAUUUAGCUGUAACAUUUGUGGAAAAAAAUUUAGACAUCAGUAUAAUCUCUAUAGACAUUUGAAAAUCCACACUGGAAAGAAAUCAUUUAGUUGUGCUGUUUGUAAUAAAACAUUUUCACAACGGUGGGACCUGAAAAGACACAAGAUUGUCCACACAGGAGAGAAACCCUUUAACUGUAGUAUGUGUGGCAAAAAAUUUACACAGAGGAAUCAUUUUAAGAGACAUAUUAGGGUCCACACUGGGGAGAGACUGGUUGGUUGUGAUGUCUGUGGUAAAAGAUUUAACUGUAAGAAAAACCUAAAGACACACAUGAAAGUUCACACAGGAGCAAAACCAUACAGCUGUGAUAUUUGCAAUAAAAGAUUUUCACAACCAGGAAUUUUGAAAAGACACAGGAGCAUCCACACAGGAGUUAAGAGCCUUCGACCAGAUGAACCAAGACGUCUUGGUUUGAUGGCACUCGUGACACAAUCAGCUGCUUCAGAAAUGGUGCAGACACAAGUCUUGAACAGAGUAGGUAAGUGAAGCACAUUCAAUUGCAUUUGUUGUAGCGUAUUAACAUAUAACUCGUAUGGGCUAUCAAAACGCAUUAUUUUCACAAUAGUGUAUAGCAGGUAAUUGUGCUUUCUUCCAAAGCAUUAGGGAUUUUCUGACAGUUGGGAUUUACUCCAAAAAUACACUGUCUGCAGCUGCAUGACAUUCUGGCUCUGACACGGCCAGGAUGAUGCUUCUCGUUCCAACAGAUGUGUUUCACAAACAUCCCAGAACUGACACACUGUUCCAUUUGCUUAAAAUAGACUUCUUUUUUUUUUUCUAACUGAAGCCAUGUCAAGCUGUACAGAUCAGUUGGGGAGGACAGGCAAAUAGCCAGAUGAGUGACAGGGAGAAUGCAGUAAAUAUUGAAAAUAAAAGAACCCACACAUGCUAAAUACUCCAGUCUAUGGACAUUUGUGUUUCUGGGUUCCCUGCAGAUGGUCAGCAGACGUUCCUGAUUAAAGAGGAGUUUCCCUUGAGCCCCUUUGUGGACCAGCAGGACUCAGACCUCUACCAGAUAAAGGCAGAACAGAAGGAACUCUUCACCUGUCGCGAGGGAGAGCACUUUAAUGGGCUGCAGGAAACUGAUAUUACCAGGUUUCCAGUCACUGCAAUUCGAGUGAAAAGUGAAGAUGAUGAAGAGAAACCUUACUGCUCGCAACUUAAUCAAGACAACAAUGAUUCCGAGCCUCCAAGCAGCUGCUCAGACAAACAAAUAAAGUCAGAAACUGAUGGAGGGCACUGUGGAGAGCCAGACCCUGACAAAAACCAGUCUGGUCAUUUAAAACAAAAUACUGAUGGAAAAGUUUCUGACUCUUGUGAAACUGAAGUCAGUAUUGAUGAUGAUGAUGAUGAUGAUGAUGAUGAUUGGCAGGAGCCUUUGACAGACUCUGGACCAGAAACUGAAGUCAGUAGUAAUGGUGGGAAGGACAGCAGGGCUCUUGAUUCAGGUUUAAAGUGUAAACGGUCUCUUCAGAAACAUGUGAUCAGUAGUUCAGGGAGAAGGUCUUCAUGCUGUUUAGCUAAUAAGAAAUGCUUAAAAGUGAACCGAACUGAUUUAGAAGGAAUCCAAACAGAAGAUAAACCAUUUGGCUGUGAUACUUGUGGACAAAGAUUUAAUCAAAAUGCACAUCUAAAGACCCACAUGAGAAUCCACACAGGAGAGAAACCAUUCCGCUGUAACAUUUGUGAAAAAAUAUUUAGACAUCAAUACAACCUUAACAGACACAUGAGAGUCCACACGGGAGAUAAACCAUUUAGCUGUGGUGUUUGUGGACAAAAAUUUAACCGUAACACAAAUCUCAAGACGCAUAUGCGGAUUCACACGGGGGAGAAACCAUUUGGUUGUGGUCUUUGCAGUAAAAGAUUUUCACAGCCUGGGGAUCUGAAAAGACACAUGAGUGUCCACACAGGUGAGAAACCAUUCAAAUGUAGCAUUUGUAGUAAAAGAUUUACGCAGAGGAUUCAUUACAAAAGUCACAUGAGCGUUCACACAGGAGAAAGACCAUUUGGUUGUGACUUGUGUGGCAAAACAUUUAACAGAGAAGGAAAUCUGAAAAUCCACAAAAGAGUCCACACAGGGGAGAAACCUUUUGGUUGUGAUAUUUGUGGACAAAAAUUUAACCAAAGCACAAAUCUGAAGACACACAUGAGAGUCCACUCUGGAGAAAAACCUUUCCACUGUAGCAUUUGUGGAGAAAGAUUCACGCGAGAGGGAAGUCUGAGGAGACACAUGAGACGCCAGGGAAUGAACCAUUUGAUUGUGGUGAAAAGUUUACAUGACAGUAAUCAUAAUGUAAUUAAAUGAAUAUUUUUUUAAUAUAUGUUGACAAAACAUAUAUAAUGCAAUGGUGGUUUUUCAGUAUUUCUAAUUAUGUUAUUUAUUGUAAAUCUGUAAAUUAUAUAAUACUAAACAAUAAAACUGGGGGGAGAACUGGUCUGACAGUGCUUCCUUUUUUGUGGUUUCUACAUUUCAAAAAAAUGAUUCAUGUGUGCUGCUUGCAGGUUCUUGGAAUUAUGGCACUUCAAAUAAAUUUUAGUGUUAAAAAGGAAAUGGAAGAAAGACUGGGAUCUUUUCGUCAUUGUUGCAUGACAGAAAUGCUUUCAGCAAUUAAAAUUUUAUGAUUUAUCACACAAAGUAACCAGGUAAAGGUGCCGUUAGAAGGGUACGUUCUUUUUGCCAGAAACCUUUCCUGCAGCUUCCUUCAGUGCUAACAUGUUAUAGAUUCAGUUGAAUUUAUAUUCAUAUAUUUUCAGUUUUCUAGGUUCAAGUUCCUAACCCUAAACCACAGGGGGAAGUUUGUUGGCUACAGAAUCAGUUAGGUUUAGGAAAAAAAAUAAUGAUUUGGGUUCAAAUAAAUUUUAGGGCUUUUUUGUGUCUGAAAUUCUAAAAAGGCAUUUUCUUUUUCAAAUGUGUUUUGAGUGGCCAAAUAGGCUAACAGAUUUUGAAUAGAGCCUCCGUAGUACUCUUCAUAACAUUUCAGCUGCUGCUCUACAAAAAUAAUUUUUACAUUUAAAAAGACUACAGUGAAUAAAGUCUCUGAUGUAUCCACAGGUCAGCCUGUGUGAAAAGACAGGGCUUAUGUAAGUUAAAGCACUGAUUAUUGAGCAGUCUGUGCUUUUGCGACUAUAGUUUUAGAACAGACAACAGGCAUCUACAUCAGUUCAUAUGAUUCAGCCCUAAAUAUAUGCUUUAUCAUAUAUUUAUCACACUCACACCAUUUAAAUACUUUUAAAUGGUGUGAGUGUGAAGUACUCUAAUAGGGUGAUAUGGUACUAUAAGAAAAUGAGAUGGGGCCUGA